CCGAGGGGGUCCCGGGGGUCCCGAGCCGCUCCCUGCAGCAGGACCGAGCCCCAGGCCCAGCCUGAGCCCGGGGGGCUUUGCCUGAGCUCGGGGAAGCCGGCAGAGGACUCGGCAAGCGCUGGGAAUUCCACCCCGGGAUGUCGGGAGCCGUGCUCUCCCGGAGCAGCGGCCCAGGGAGGUUUGGGGUGUGGGCAGCCCCUGCAGCCCCUUCCCGGUGGAGCCUGCAGGAACCCCCACACGGAUCCGUUUCCCUCUGGGAAUGAGCAGCUUUUCCCGCUGCAGGUCCCAAAGCUGUUUUUUCCCUGCUCUGCCAUCUGGUGGAACUUGCUGAGGGGAGGAGAGGGCUCGGAAAGCUCCGGGGCAGCUUCCCAUCUGCCACAUUCCACUCCCCAUCCCAAAUCUCGGCUGGUUUAAGGUUUCCACUGCGCUCAGAAUCCUCGGGGUGAGCUGGGAGGGGGCUGUGUGAGCUGGAUGUGACACGGCUCGAAGGGCAAUUCCAGAAAUCCCGACCCACCUGCUGGAUCCACGCACAUGGAUCAGCUGGAACCUCAGUGGUGCUCUGGAGAACCCUCGGCACUCCCCUCUUAGACCUUCCAAAAUCCCUCAGCAUCUUCAGGGGAAAGCCCUGAUGCAUCUUCCUGCCCUUUCCCCUGCAGUGUCAUGGAAUGUCAGUCCCUGGCCUGGAGAAAUGGGAAUUGCUGCCAUCACCCCCCCAGUGCUGCCCUUUGCAGAAGGGUUUGUUUGGGGAAAAGUGCAAAUAGGAAUUGUUUGUGUCCAAGAGCCGUGUGGGGCUGUGGGGCUGCUCCUGCUGUGCCAGGGAAAAAGCAGCUCUGGAAUCCUGCUCUGUGCUGUGCCAGUGCUGCUCCUGCUGUGCCAGAGGAACCCAGCUCUGGAAUCCUGCUCUGUGCUCUGCCAGUGCUGCUCCUGCUGCUCCCAUCAUGCCAGGGAAAACUGGCUCUGGCAUCCUGCUCUGUGCUGGUGCUGCUCCUGCUGUGCCAGAGGAACCCAGCUCUGGAAUCCUGCUCUGUGCUGUGCCAGUGCUGCUCCUGCUGCUCCUGCUGUGCCAGUGGAAAACUGCUCUGGCCUCCUGCUCUUUGCUGUGCCAGUGUUCCAUGCCAGUGCUGCUCACCUGCUCCUGCUGUGCCAGGGAAACUCUCUGGUGUGUGCUCUGCUCUGUGCCAGCGUGCUGUGCUGGUGCUGCUCCUGCUGCUCCCUCUGUGCCAGGGGAGGCCAGCUGUGCCAUCCUGCUGUGUGCUGUGCUGGUGCUCUGUGCUGUGCCAGUGUUCUGUGAUGGUGCUGCUCCUGCUGUGCCAGGGGAAAACCGGCUCUGGCACGUGCUCUGUGCUGCUGUUCCAUGCCAGUGCUGCUCACCUGCUCCUGCUGUGCCAGGGGAAAACUGUCUCUGGCGUGUGCUCUGCUCUGUGCCAGUGUUCUGUGCUGGUGCUGCUCCUGCUGUGCCAGGGAAAGCCGGCUCUGGCACCGUGCUGGGCGUGGUGCCGGCGUUCCGUGCUGCUGUUCUGUGCCAGUGCUGCUCCAUCCACCUGUGCUGUGCCAGGGGAAAGGGGCUGUGGGAAUGGUGGGAUGCCCAUCCCUGGAAGUGCUCAACCCCUGCUCUGUGCCGCUGCGCUCUGCCAGUGCUGCUGCUGCUGCUCCCACUGUGCCAAGGGGAACUGGCUCUUGCCCGCUGCUGUGUGCUGGCUGUGCCAGUGCCCUGUGCCAGAGCCCUGUGCCAGUGUUCUGUGCUGUGCCAGUGUUCUGGGCUGUGCCAGUGCCCUGUGCCAGAGCUCUGUGCCCAUGUUCUGGGCUGUGCCAGAGCUCUGUGCCGGUGUUCUGUGCUGUGCCAGAGCUCUGUGCCGGUGUUCUGGGCUGUGCCAGAGCUCUGUGCCAGUGUUCUGGGCUGUGCCAGUGUUCUGGGCUGUGCCAGUGUUCUGUGCUGGUGCUGCUCCUGCUGCUUCUGCUGUGCCAGGAGGACCUGGCACCCUGCUUCAUGCUGUGCCAGUGCCCUGUGCCAGUGUUCUGUGCUGUGCCAGAGCUCUGUGCUGGUGCUGCUCCUGCUGCUCCUGCUGUGCCAGGGGACCUGGCUCUGGCCCGUGCUGGUGCUCCGUGCUGCGCCGUGCCCUGCGCUGUGCCAGCCUUGCUCUCCGUGCCGGUGCUGUGCCCGGUGCCGCCGUGCUGUGCCAGCGUUUCCCCCGUGCCGGAUCCCGGGGUGGCAGUGCCUGCCCGCGCUCGGCGGGGUCUCUCGGGCCGGAUCCCGCCGGGAUGGUGUCCACGCUCGGGUGCUGCGCUGACCCCUCGUGCUGCGUUCCCAGCCCGGGCUCCAUUCCCAGCCCGGGCUCCAUUCCCAGCCCAUGCUCCGUUCCCGGCUCGUGCAGCAUUCCCGGCUCGUGCAGCGUUCCCUGCUCGGGCUGCUUUCCCCGCUGUGCCAGCGUUCCGACCUGACAAAUCAAUAAAGCCGAUGGGAGCAGCCGAUCCCACGGGAACGACUCGCACCAAA